AUCUGUCAAAACUUGUCAAAUUUUAAUCUUUCGCUUUCGAUUAGUGUACAAUAAUUUUCGACCAAUGUUUUAGAAAGAAAGACUCAAUUGAAUUUCACAUUCUAAAAGCUCCAUAUAGGUAGUUUUUAUCGGGAACUGUUACCUCGAAUCGUCGUCAUGGCAUCGAGUGAGGUGACGAAACUUCAGCAGCAUUUAGCACUGCUGAAGGAGGAAUACAGCAAGUUGCAAAGUCACUGUGCUGAAGUGGAGCGGAAGUAUACACUUGCAGCGGCCUCCGCCGGUGACCUCAGUGAGACCAGCUUCGUGGCACGGUUACUGAUGACCGUGGCGACGCUGUACGGCCGGGACACUUACUCUGAUAUCACUAUCAAGCUACAGAGCAAGUCGAUGCCUGGGCACAAGUUUGUGCUAAAUGCUCGCUCGGAUGAUUGGAAUGAGGAGGCUUUGAAGGGCCUUGAAGAGUUAGACUGGUCUAGCCUUCCAGAUGAGGUUGGAGCUGCUUUGCUCAAAUGGUUGUACUCUGAUGUGGUUGACUUGUCCAGAGGUGACCAUUUUGCUUUGCAACUCAUGAAGUCAGCUGCAAGCUUUAAACUGCAUGGUUUGGUCAGCAAGUGCGAACAAGCAUUAAUAGCUUCUGUUGGUGUAAGAUCCUGUGUAAAAUUUUACUCAGCUGCAGAUGAAAUUGGAGCAUCAGCUCUCAAGGAGCACUGUUCGGGACUUAUUUCCGCUCAUUGGGAUGAUCUCACAGGUGAAGACUUUGGUCAUAUGUCUUCGGCUCUUCUGUACCGGAUGCUGAAGAGUAAGACCUCUCAGCCUCUACACGGGGCCGUAAGGUUGAUGCGGGAGGACGUCGUGUUCCUCUGCCUCGUCGAGAACCACGCCAAUUUAACGGACAUAGUGAACGCUAUGUCGUCACGGGGUGAGCUGCCCCUCGAGCUGGCUCUGCGCGGGCGCAGCGCGUCAAUAGCGACGACUCUCCUGCAGCACUGCGCAGACGCAGAUGCACGCGGCCCCAGGGGACGCACGCUGCUGCACCGCGCCGUUGACUCUAGGGACGCCUACUCAGCUAAGUUCUUGGUCGAGAAUGGAGCUGACCCCAAUUUAUUGACCAAAGAAGAAGGUGACACAGCUCUUCACUUGAUAGCAGCCCUAACAACCAGUUCGUGCGAUGAAGACACCAUGGAACAGAUGGCGCAGAUCGCUGAGACCAUGGUCGAGAAAGGAGCGGACAUCAACCGACAAAAUAGGAAAGGAUUCACACCCCUACAUCAAGCUGUCAUCGCAAGAAACCAAAGGAUAUUCGACUUGCUACUAAAACAAGAGAAUUUGGAUACGAAUUUACGUACGCUUUCAGAAGAGCACCCGGCCCUUUACUACGCGCUCGUAGACGAUAGACGCGCUUCGAUAUCUUCCAGCGAAACUUUAGUAAUGAAUGGGUCUAACCCCUUCGAUACGCCCGUCACGAAUAAGAAUGCAUUUACAGAAGACCCUGAAGAUAAGACUGAAAAUAUAAUCGAGAGAGGCUUUGCCGCUAAACUGUUGGCGAAAGGGUGUCAACCGAACCCAUUGUAUUCGGGGUCCGGUGAUAGUCUUUUGCACAUUCUGGCGCUUGGAUGGUUCGAGGACUCUGCAGUAUUCCUUACAACGCACCUGAACGGGGAAGUGAACCACACGAACGAAGCCGGUCUGACGGCGUUACAUACCGCGUGUGCCAACGGACUAGCGCGGCUCACCACUGCGUUGUUGGAACAUGGAGCGCGACCAAACAUACAGACAGCUUAUGGAGAGCAAGAAGAUACAGUGUACAGACAAACUCCCCUGCACCUGGCCGUGUACAACAACCACGAGGGAGCAGUGAUGGCCAUCCUCUCGCAUCGUAAGCUGGUGGAGAAAGGGGACUUUCCAUCGGCCGACCGCUCCAAUGCGCCUCUACUGCCGAACCUCAAUCUGAAGAACUCUGAAGGAGACACGCCUGUCAGUCUCGCACUUUCCGAGGGUCACAAGCACCUAAUAGCGCCGCUCGUUGAAUGCGGAGCGGAUCCUAACAUUCGCAACGGCAAAGGCUUCACAUUGCUGCACCAAGCGAUUGUCGAGGAGGACUCCAAGACCGCCAUAUAUCUUCUAGACCAUGGAGCCGAUAUGAAUGCGCUUACGGAGGCCGGCGAAACCCCGCUACAGCUAGCAAUCCAUUGCCGCCUCGGCCUCGUAGUGGAAGCUCUCUGUGUACGAGGAGUAGACAUGAGCCGGCUGGACGCCAACGGAGUGCCGCCGCUGUGGGCCGCGCUCGACUCCGGACAGGAGGAAGUGGCCAGUAUUUUGGUGAGAAACGGCGCGGACGCGGAUUGUUGGGGCCCCGGUCCCGACGGCUGUCUGCAGACACUGUUACACAAAGCUAUAGACGAAAACAAAGAAGUACUAGCCACGUUCCUGAUCCGCUCGGGCUGCGACGUGGAGUCCCCGCGGCGCGCCGGGCCCGCGGGCGAGGGCGGGGACGUGGUCGCCGAGAGCCACUCCCCCCUCCACCUGUGCUGCCAGUGGGGGCUCACUGACGUCAUACAGACACUGCUAGAACACGGCGCAAACAUAAAUUCCAAAGACGCGGAAGGCAAAACUCCUCUGCACAUAGCUAUCGAGAAUCAGCACGCGGCGAUAAUUUCUCUUCUUCUAUCGCAUCCGGGCAUUGACCUCUCGGCAAGAGACAAUAAGGGCGUAUCUCCAUUUGCAGCCGCCUUAACAGCGAGAAAUAAUAAGGCGGCACAGUCUAUAUUGGAGAAGAAUCCUUCGGCUGCGGAACAAGUUGACCGCAAAGGCCGCAACUUCCUUCACGUGGCGAUCCAAACAGGCGACAUGGAGAGCGUCAUGUUCCUUCUCUCAGUGGAAGUUGACGUCAAUUCUCGUGUUCAAGAUGCGACCCUAGCUCCACCGUUGCAUCUAGCGGCCGCCGCCGGAAACGAAGUGCUAUUGAGAACUUUGUUAUUGGCUGGAGCGAGGCCCAAUGAUCGGGACGCGCAUAAACGCACAGCUCUGCACGUGGCGGCGGGCGGCGGGCACGCGGCGAUCGUGUCGGCGCUGGCGGGCGGCGGCGCGGAGAGCGGCGCGGCGGACGCGGCGGGCGACAGCGCGCUGCACGUGGCGGCGCGCGAGGGGCACGCGGCCGCCGUGCGCGCGCUGCUGGCCGACACCGACAUCGACGCGGCCGCCGCCAACCUCAAGGGUCGCAAUCCGUUACAUGAGCUUUGUUGGUGUAGGAAGGACAACGCGGCAACAAUAUGCGAAAUAUUCCUCGAAUCCAUGCCGGAUUAUCCUAUAAACAAGACUGAUUUACAGGGUAACACUCCACUGUUGCUGGCGUAUAUGAACGGGCAGGGAGCGAUGUGCCGGGCGCUGGUGCGCGCCGGCGCAUGUCUCGCGCAGGAGAACAAGGAGGGCAUCUCCAUAUUUAACUACCAGGUCGCAACAAGGCAACUCCUGCACCGGCUGCUAGACGCGCUGCCGGCGGAGGCGCCGUGGGCGGAGAGCGAGCUUUGCCAGGAGUGUGGCACCAAGUUCACGCUCACCAUGAGGAAGCAUCACUGCCGCCACUGCGGCCGCAUGUUGUGCAACAAGUGUUCGAACCAGGACGUGCCGAUCCUCAAGUUCGGGCUCAACAAGCCGCAGCGGGUCUGCGAGAUCUGUUUCAACGUGCUGCAAGUCGGCGCUAGUUAGUGAAACUAUGUUUAUACUGAGUGGUGAGAUUUGUAUGAAGAUUUUGGUAACGUUUUUACACUCGCCAGCAAGUCUGUACGGUUAAUUGCAAGAGAUUGUAUUUGCUUCACUUUUUAGUAGACCUAUGUUUAACAAUGUGAUAAUUAUGUAUUGAGAUUUUGUCAAAUUUGUACACUCGCGAGCGAAGAAAUAUAGGUAGUUAAUGCUCACCAGCAAGUGUGCACGAUCUGAUGCUGGCGGUUUUAAUAAGAAGACCUAUAUUUACGUAUAAAACGUCAAAUUGGCAUAGCCUGCACCAGUUAGCUAAACUAUGUUUAAAUUGUGAUAAUUUAUAUACGGAGAUUUUGUCAACUUUUGAACACUCCUGAGCGAAGUAAUAUGUAUUUGUUUGACGACGUUCUUAUUAUACCUAUCUAUGUUUAAUUCUUAUAAUAUCAGUCAAAGUUCGUAGUCCACCUGCUUAGAACAUUUGGCCGGACCGCGGGUACUAUUUCUUAAUAUGUAUGAAGAUUUGGUCAAAGCUUGUGAACAUUUGCGAGCGGAGAUACUUUAAGAGUGUGUACGAUUUGAUACUCGCCAUUGUAUUCGCUUUACGACGAUCUUCAUGUGACAAGUUUGGUACAUGCGAGUAGAAAUAUACACGGAUAAAUGUGCUAUUUAAAAGUAAUGUCUGCUUUACCAUUUUAACAUCGGCGGGAAAAUGGUUGAUAGUCAUAGGCAAUUCAAUUACAGCCAGGUUAAAAAAUCUGUACUUUUGUACUAUAUGGGCUCAAAGCCAGCUUUUAACAUAUUGCUUAUUAGUUACAAAUAAGAAUAGUCUCAAUAAGGUUAUAUUCAUAGAUGGCAAUAUAAUUCGGAGUAUGCUUGUCGACAACAGAGAUACAAAAUAUAGCAACAUAUUAAAUAUUAAUUCAUUGAUUGGCUCAGCUAAAGAAUUGUCAAAUCAUACAAGAAAACAUAUUUUCUACGGUUGCGAUCAUCCGAUCGACUGUAGUGUUUGCCGGGAAAAUACUAUGUUAAAAUCUAUUCAGUUUUAUUGCAUGAUAGUUGACUUACUACUUUAUAUUUUAUUCAGCAGUCCAGUGUGACUAUAUACGCCGUACGCUGUUCACGCUAAGAGUAACAUAUAAUUUCUUUUUAUAUAUUUAUUUACAAUUAUUAUUACAAUGUUUACAAUAAUUAUUAAAAAAAAAAUCAAUAAUUAAAAAUCAGUCCUUAGUGCCUUAAGGUACUUAU